GUUCCUCCGCCCUGACGGUCAGUGACAGCUAACUGCAGCGGUCCACAGUAUGGUCUACAGAGCAGCUGCAAACAUGAAGGACAACAGUUUACCACGAAUUGUAGUUAUCAUCGUGUGUACGGUGGUCUUUGUCGCCGUUUUAAUCGUUAACGCGUUGGCAGGAGCGGGCAGAGGUCCUUUCCAUUCCUCUACAGGUAAUGUGUCAGGCCGCUACGAGACAGACAUCACUCCGGCCGGCUGGACCUUUUCUAUCUGGGGUGUCAUCUACACCUGGCUCACUCUCAUGGUCAUAUACCUCACCACAUAUGUAUUCCGAGGAUCCUGGGCUCAGUGUCUGCUGCCCUACAGCUUCUAUUUUUGCUGGCUGUCCAACAUGCUGCUGAACAUGAUCUGGUUGCUGCUGUGGGACAGAGAGUUGAUGUUAGCGGCUCUGGUUGUGAUAAUCCUAAUAGUGAUUACCAACUACAGCGCUUUGUUCCUCAGCUGCUUUGCAACAGAUUACUAUGGGCUCUGGUUAAAGUCAUACCAUCGCAAAGACCUGGCCUGUCUCAGAAUACUGGUUCAGAACGGGUUGGCUCUCUACACUACAUGGACUUCCAUUGCCUCUCUGAUCAACUUUUCACUGGUUCUCCACAUGUGGGGUGUGGACAAGAGCACAGCAGCAACAGCUUCUCUGUGCAUCCUGUUUGCAGAGGUGGUGGCAUGGUUCAUCCUGGAGAACUGGGUGCUGGACCGUUGGGUGCGGUACGUCCUGACAGUGUACCCUGUGGUGAUCGUGGCUCUGGUUGGAAACGUCCUCAGACGUUUUAACCCAGAUGAUCCCACUCCAAAUUCUGUAUUCAUGGUUGUGCUGCUAGUGUUGGCGUGUGUCCUGCUGAUUUCGAGGAUCUGUACUGUCAUCUGGAGAAACUACUGGCGGCCUCUCCUCUCCCCGGGCUCAGCGCGGCUGAUGGUGUCACCCCUUGAUGGCAGAAAAUUCAGGGUCUUUACUUAAACAAUAAGAACACCGCAGAUUUUAAACUCUUAGGCCACUCUUCCAUUUCAACACAAUCAACUGCAAUAUUCAAAGGUAAAUAUGUCACAGAGUUGCAGACAACAUGGAGAAGAGCUGCAUUUCUUCCGAUAGGUUUGACUUGCUUGAAAUGGAAAGAAAGUGUUCUAAUGGAAAACCACUUCUCAUCCUUUCUCUCAAACUACAGUUAAGACACCGUAAUAGUGCUUUCACAUCUGAAAUACUUUCUUUGAAAUACUAAUAACCUACUACAACUGUUUACCACUACUUCCCAAUAUACUGUCUAUAUGUAAACUACUUUUUGUAUGAAUGCAUGCAUGUGAUUAAAUAUUGUGGGUUUUUUUAUGGCUAUUUUAAAGCUUUUUUUGCAUUUAUUUUGGCAUUUUUGUUUUGUAUCUAUACAGUGGCAAUAGACUGCAUACUAUCAACAUGUUGUUUUUACAAAGUAUAAUUUGGAUUGAAUUAUUGGGAUAUUUGUUGAAUUCAUUCUAAUUUGCCAAUUAAAGCAUUCUUUUCACUUCUAA